UAGCUAACCUGAUCAGUGGGAGAAUACUGUAGUGAACACUAUUGUACACCCCUUUGUGUCAUGUUUGUGUAGAGUAAAGGUACAUGUAUCCACCAAUCGAUUUACAGGUAUUUAAAUAUUCCAUGUGUCUUUGCAGUGUUUGGGGUUAGUGCAGUGUACUAGGUACAUUUAUUGUUACAUUUGAUCCAUAACUUGGGACAACACCGGCAUUUAUUUAUUAUAGAUAAAAACACAGCAACAAAUACAGCCACGACUCCCCCCCCCCGAGCCUCUUGGGGCAGUCGUCCUGCUCUGGUUUGACUGUGGAUCUCUUAAUGGGAUUAUCUAUUCUCAGUACAGGGGAUAAACGAACCAAACCCAUUGAAGACCUUGGGAGAAUGUAUUUGUGUUUACAGCAACAAUGAAAAAUCCAGCGUUAACUGCUAAAAGGAUUUGAAUAAUUGAAGACAUUUGGAUUAUUCUUUUGAAGACACCAGUUGAUGUAUUGAUGAACUCCCAGCCUGAUGCAGAGACAACCAACUACAGUCUGUCCACCACGCUGGGCAAUGAAGACAGUGAAGAAGAAACCAGUCAAGAGGAGCCCUCAGUCACAAACUGGAACGAGCUGUCCAUUAUAGAACGUGUAGGCCUCAACAGUGUGGAGAUGUCAGAAAAGGAUUUGGAGACGGCCUUCUGUCAGAUCGCCCUGGCCUUCCGCUGUGAUCAGUACACCCUGAAGCAGAGGCUGCAGGCGGAGGAGCACGCCCGCAACCUGGCUGAGGAGAACAUCCACCUGGAGCUGACCAGAGGCAGAGAAACCCUGGAGACGCUGAAAGGCCUGUGUCUGGACAGUAAGCGCAGUAUGAUCCUGCAGAGGCUGGAGCUGUCUCUGGACAUCCUCAGUGGGACUGUGGAACGAAUCUCCAACACAGCAGAGGUGCUGGGCGCUGUGCACCAGGAGGCUAGAGUAAGUCAUGAAGUCGAACUUAUGGUUGCUCAUGUGGAGAAUCUGAGGAGACAACAUGAGAGAAACCUGGCAGAGCUGGAGGAGGCCAAGAAGACGAUCCAGCAGCAGAACUCCUGCAGAAACAGCAUCGACCAAAGAGCAUCGCCAGAUCCAGAGGAAAGUGACAUCAGAAAGAAAACCUGUCAUCCGAGCAUUCGUCGCAGAGUCAGCGUAACAUUUAUUCCCAACCCAAUCCAGGAGAAGAUAAAGCAAGACUUAAAGACCCAAGCUACUCCUAGCAGGUCCUUCAGCAAGGAGUCCUUCCUCACCUGCCCGUCUCCCCCCCUGAGAUCAGAGUCCAGCUGCUCAGUGGAUGACAAGCCACUGGAUCUGGAUAAAACUCCGACAGAAGCUCCAGCUGCUGCGCUUCCUUCACCUCCCAUCCCCAAAUCAGAGUACCUCCCAUCGAAACAGCUGGCCACCAGAAAGACACACAACAAAAAGUCCCCUCUGGAGACUUUGCGACAGAGACACAAGGGCAAAGCUGCGUUAUCAAAGAAAAAGGCAGACAAGGAGAAAAAAAGUUCAAAUAUUAACCAACAGCUUUCUGCGAGUCCGUGUGGCUCCUUGAGGAGAAAUCAUCCGCUGGCUCACUGGUUGUAUCGCUGUCGUUGGGCGCUGUUCUGCACCUACCUGUUUGUACUUUUCUGUGUCCUAACAUUGGCUUACUGUUUGUGGAAGCUUCAUGAUGGACCACCUGAGCCGUGGAUAUUCAGUCAUCAGGACGCGGUCUAAAUUCUGUGGCUGUAUUGCGAACAUGAAGCAUGCAGACAGCUGAGACAUCUGUAUCAGUCUUUGGAUAUGGAUAUAAAAACAUUUGAUGACA